AUGCCAAAGCAGGCGCCAGAUUUCAGAAAGCAGAAAACAAAGCUUGGUAAAGGGAAGCAGGCGGCAACGAAUUCGACGAAUACUUCAUUUAAAGCAAGAUCCGUUGCUUUGCCUGGACAGAGUAUUCUCAAGGACGUUGAUGAGAAUGAACCACACACAAAGCGUAAUUUAACGUUGAAAGACUUGUUGGUUCAUUUGAAGCAUUAUUCUCCAAAUAUGAGAAGAGACGGCGUUUUGGGUCUUCGCGAAUUGAUAACAAGCUACCCAAGCACAAUAAACCCAAAUCUAACAUCUAUAUUCGAUGGUAUCACUAAGCUUAUCGUUGAUGAAGAUGCUGCCGUUCGUAGAGCUCUCCAUUCCCUGGCUUCAGAUUUGUUUCCUAGAAUCCCUAAGCCAAGUUGGACCCCUUACUCCUCUAUCCUUCUUUUAUUCACUGCUUCUGGUCUCUCUCACAUUUUCCCAGAGGUUAGAUUGGACAGCAUUAAGUUCCUUGACAUUCUCAUCGAUUUCAUUCCCCAAUUCGUCAUAAAUGGCUGGGCAGUUGCUUCUUCUUCCACCAAUCCUACGUCUAUAGGCGGCAGGCAGAUUAUUGAAUGCUACUUGGCUUUGCUUAGCGCAAAGGGCGACGAUAAGGGUCCUGCUGCUGGCUCAACCGUCACCACUACCGCCAAUGCUAUGUUCACGCUUAGUGUCAAGUCUAGAUUGGUUGUUCUCAAGUCACUCUCAAAGUUCCUCAAGACCGCCCUCUCUUCCAACGACGCCUCAGACAAACUACCUCUUUGGCCAUUUGCAUCCGCUUUUGCUUCUCAGCCGGCUUUCGACGUUUUUGUUAAACGUAUACGGAGAUCUGCUUACUGUGAUACUGGUAAAGAAACUGUACAAUGGCAUAGUAGUCAUGAUGCCUGGAAAGGAUGUAUGAGCGGUUACAAGUCUGAAAUUAUGGAAGCUGGUGGUAGCUUGACGUCCGAUGAGCUCAACAAUGCUAUUGGGUUGCUCGAAUCCACCCAAUCAGCUUCGAAUUUCACACCAGCUGAAGCUGACGUCUUGUCAUUGACUCAGUCAUUAUUUAGUGUCAUCGUCUCGGUAUUUCUUGAAUCGGCACCCUCGGUCUUUACCAUGUCCAAUACACCCCCGGAUUCGAUCCACCUGGAGUCAAUAACGGCUGUAGUGGAAAUAUGUAGGGAAACUUACGGCUACUUGCUACGUAAUUGUUCAGAAAGACACAUAAUAGAGAAGGAGUUGAGUAUAAUUCUCACUCACAUGUCAAAGUACUUCCCAUUUGGCGGUGACUUCCUUCAAAAGCAAGCAAUGGAAGUCGAUCAGUACAUGCUCCAGCUGAAUGUUCUAUACUGCGAAUUAGUCUCGUCUUUGUUGUUGUCGCAGUCAUCCAGAGAGGGAGUUUCGAGUGGUGCUAGCAAGCGUGAGCAAAAAUUAGACAAAAACAUUCAAGUACAGAUGAAUAAUGUUUGCGAGUGGCUUAGCAGUAUGUUAAGUGGAAACAUGACAACAGCUGCUCAACCAAUGGGAUUAACAGUGACUGCGGACACAUACAGGUGUCUUGUAUCAUCAUUCUGGGCUUUAUUGAAUCUUCCAAACUCAGUCGACGCUUCGAAAUUAAUUCUAGAAGCAUUACUCACCCACUGCACUCAAGCGGGUAUUAAAUCCGAGACUAAGUUGUUGUCUGUGGAAUUUAUCGCCAGGGUCUAUCUGACUCAAUAUGAAAUGGAUUAUAAGGGGCAAUUCAAAUUGAUCAACAACUCAGAGCAGGAUAAGAUGUUGACAGGUUGGUUCAACAACCUACCAAGAUUACUUUGGGAGACCAACAAUCAUAAUAUCGGACUAACGGAGGUGAUACUCGAUGUAGUUCAAGCUGUGAUGAUUAUGGAUACGUCCAACGAGAGCAAGUCAUCGAUUGCGCCUGGGAUAAAGCUCUUCUAUGAGGCGCACCAUGCAACCAAGGGCAGUAUACCUGGACCAUGGACCAGAAUCAGCGAUCACUAUAUACACGAUAGGGGGAUUGAGUUGGCUUAUACGACUGGGCUAUCGUCGAUCCCAAGUCAAGAUGCAUACUGGACUAGUUUACAGGCGUAG